AAAGGGCCAUUGCUGAGAGCUGGACACCCACCUAGAAGCAGCUUCUUGGCUCCUUCUCAAAUCUACGUCUGGUUCUGCCACUGCCUCCUCUCUAGCCUCCACCAUGUCCAUGAGGGUAACCCAGAAGUCCUACAAGGUGUCCAGCUCUGGCCCCCGGGCCUUCAGCAGCCGCUCUUACACAAGCGGGCCAGGUUCCCGCAUCAGCUCCUCGUCUUUCUCCCGGGUGGGCAGCAGCGGCAGCUUCCGGGGCAGCCUGGGAGCCAAUAUGGGUCUGGCCGGGGGCUUCGGUGGGGCAGGAGGUAUGGGGACCAUCAUGGCUGUCACGGUGAACCAGAGCCUGCUGAGCCCCCUUAAGCUGGAGUUGGACCCCAACAUCCAGGCCGUGCGCAACCAGGAGAAGGAACAGAUCAAGGUCCUCAACAACAAGUUUGCCUCCUUCAUCGACAAGGUGCAGUUCCUGGAGCAGCAGAACAAGAUGCUGGAGACCAAGUGGAGCCUUCUGCAGCAGCAGAAGACAUCUCGGAGCAACAUGGACAACAUGUUCGGCAAUUAUAUCAACAGCCUUAAGCGGCAGCUGGAGACACUGGGCCAGGAGAAGCUAAAGCUGGAGGCAGAGCUGGGCAACAUGCAAGGACUGGUGGAGGACUUCAAGAAUAAGUACGAGGAUGAGAUCAACAAGCGGACAGAGAUGGAGAAUGAAUUUGUCCUUAUCAAGAAGGAUGUGGAUGAAGCUUAUAUGAACAAGGUAGAGCUGGAGUCCCGCCUGGAAGGGCUGACGGAAGAGAUUAACUUCCUCAGGCAGCUAUAUGAAGAGGAGAUCCGUGAGCUGCAGGCCCAGAUCUCGGACACAUCCGUGGUGCUGUCCAUGGAUAAUAGCCGCUCCCUGGACAUGGAUGGCAUCAUCGCCGAGAUCAAGGCCCAAUAUGAGGAGAUCGCCAACCGCAGCCGGGCAGAGGCCGAGAGCAUGUACCAGAUCAAGUAUGAGGAGCUGCAAACGUUGGCUGGGAAGCAUGGGGAUGACCUUCGUCGUACAAAGAAUGAGAUCUCUGAGAUGAACCGGAAUAUCAGCCGCCUCCAGGCUGAGAUAGAGGCGCUUAAAGGCCAGAGGGCUUCCCUGGAGGCUGCCAUUGCUGAUGCAGAGCAGCGUGGGGAGCUGGCCAUUAAGGAUGCCAACAGCAAGCUGGCUGAGCUGGAGGCUGCCCUGAAUCGAGCCAAGCAGGACAUGGCACAGCAGCUGCGUGAGUAUCAGGAGCUGAUGAACGUCAAGCUGGCCCUGGACAUCGAGAUCGCCACUUACCGCAAGCUGCUGGAGGGCGAGGAGAACCGGCUGGAGUAUGGGAUGCAGAACAUGAGCAUUCAUACAAAGACUACCAGUGGCUAUUCCGGUGGACUGAGCCCAGCCUACGGGGGCCUCACAAGCCCUGGCCUCAACUAUGGCCUGAGCUCCUUCCAGUCCAGCUUUGGCUCUAGUGGAGGCCCCAGCUCCUUCAGUAGUACCAGUUCCACCAAAGCUGUGGUUGUGAAGAAGAUUGAGACCCGUGAUGGGAAGCUGGUGUCCGAGUCUUCUGAUGUCCUGCCCAAGUGAAUGGCCACUGUGUCCCCUCCCAGCCUAUGCAUGUCCCUGCCUGGCUUGGAGCUUCUAGAGGAAGGAG